AUGUCAGUUGCUCCUCGUAUACAUCAGAAAUUGACAGCAAGAUUUUUUGGGCCGUUUAAAAUUGUGGACCGAAUUGGACCAGUCGCUUACAAAUUGGAGUUGUCGGUUUCUUCGAAAGUGCACCCGGUCUUUCAUGUUUCCUUGUUAAAGAAGGCCGUAAUGUCAAAUGCAGUGGAGCAAAAUUUUCCCCCGGAGUUAGAGAUCAACACAGCUGAUAUGUUGUUUCCAAUUGCUAUACUUGCGGAACGCAUGGUGGGGUCUCACAAUGAUUCGGUGUUACAAUGGUUAAUCCAAUGGAAGGAUCGUUCCAUGGACGAGGCAACAUGGGAAGAUGCGUCGGUUAUUAAAAGGCCAAUUUCCAAAUGCAAGUCUUGGGGACAAGACUUUAAUUGA